AUUUUUGAAUCGCAUCCUCAACCUGAGGCACACUUUUAUCCAGAACAUUCACAACAACUUCUGGCGACCAAGUACUCUAGACUUUAAUUCGGCAAAGACACCUCGGAACAAUGCAAUAAUGUCACCGUUUCCUUCUCCGAGGCCAUGUCGAAUCAGCCAUUCACUUUCCCUCCUCCACCUCCGCCUCCACCAAAACCCACAGUAGACCCGACACAACAGCGGAACAACGAUUUCACAGGUGGGAGAGGAGGUUACAGAGGAUGGCGUGGUGAUUCAUUCCGAGGACAAGGGCACAACCGUGGUGGCGGUCGGGGAAAUCACCGAGGCGGAGGCGGAGGGCGCAACCACACCCAACAUUACGGCCAAAACACCUCUAGUCGUCCAUACAACAAUAACAACUAUUCACAACCUACUCACUCAUAUCCCCCCCAGAAGCGCACUCAUAACACAGCGUUCACACCCGCUCCGAACGCUCGCCCUCGACCCCUCGCGCCUCCUCCCGUCCCCAGUUUUAACGCUACAAUCCCCCACCUCCUUCCCAAUAAACCCAUCCUAACACCACCAGACCACACGCCAACUCCAACCAAAAGCACACAACCCACCAAACCACCAGCAAAGAAGAACCUCCUUGGCCUGACCCCUUCCCUCCCUGGCGACUCCUCAUCUUCAGAAGACGAAGACGAAGAACACCAUCUCUCCACGACCGUCAACUCCACCUCCCAGGGACAAGGCUAUUCAUUCACCCAUAACGGAAGAGUCGCAACCCUACGAACGGCAGCCGACAUACAAGCAUGGAUAGCCGAACGAAGGAAGAAUUUCCCCACGGCAGCCAAAGCAGAAGCAGCAAAGAAAGAACGAGAAGAAAAGAAGAAGAAAUGGCUGGAAGAGAAAGAGGAACAACGUCGGCAACGAGAGGCGAAGAAGGUUGAGAGACAACGAAAGUAUGAAGAAGAGAAACAAGCGAGACAGUCAGCGAGACAAGCAGCCGUGGCUGAAAAACAGGGUGCACCAAAUGGAGCAGGAUCUAAGGAAGGAGGAGGUACAUCAAACGCAGGUCCUAAAAACGAGGUGGUGGAUUCACCUGCUGAAAAACUGCGGCGAAGGGCUGAAAAGGCAGAACGAGCGUUGAAAAGGGCUGAGGAGGCAUUGAGGCAGGUUAGAUUGAAACAGGCACAAGCACAAGCACAAGCCCAGGCCGAAGCGAAUGGGAUGGACGGGGUCACUGUGUCAUCUCAAUCAGCUAUUCCAGAUACGGCCAUCGACCCAGACGCAACUUCAUCGUCCGGCUCAUCAGACAGUGACACCGGCACAGACUCAGACUCGGAAAUCGAAGGCCAUCUCGAUAUAUCCUCCUUCAUUGGAUCACAUCCAGACUCCGACUCCGACUUGGAAUCAAAUCCAGGCGAUAAUGACAACGACGACGACAACGAGGCACCCCCUGAAACCAUCAGCACCAAAGAUCCCAGUCUUCUUAGCCACACCAACCCCCUCUCUUCCGAUGCCGACGCCGACGCCACAAAAGCCCUCACCCGAAACAGUCGACCAUGCAAAAACCUUGUUCAACGCGGUCGAUGUCAUUUUGGAUCGAGUUGUCGAUAUUCGCACGACUUGGAUCAAGUGAAAAGGAAUGAGGAAGUGUCACGGACUCGUGGGCGUGGUGGGAAGACUAUAAAGGGGAAAUCGGGUGUGGCGACGAAACCAGAGCGGAGGAAGGGUUUGUUUCAGGUCAUGGUGGAUAAAGAGGAGGAGGAGAGACGGAAGAAUAUCAUUGAUGCGAUUUUCCUGUUGCGGGAGAAGGGGAUGUUGGAUGAGCCGGAGCAGAAGACUGAGCCGGACUCCGUGGCUGGGUCAAUUGGACAGCAGCCUGUGGAGGUGUCAAACUCGAAUUAAAUUAAUAUCACUAUCCUCGCACAUACCAACGCCAUGCCUGCUAUAUUCUAUCCUUCAUAAAC